CUUCACAGGUGGAACAAUUUUCAUUUCCGGAACCACUUCGGCAUAAAAUACACGAGCAACCGUCCUUUAGCCGGCCAUGGCUUCUUUCCCACCUCCACCUCCACCUCCACCUUCACCUCCACCACCACCACAAAAACAACAAACCAAACGCUUCAGAGAUUUAUACAACAACACAGAGAGUCAGAUUUCACCUAGAGUCGACACCCUAAAUCUUCAUGAUCAUCACACUCCCUUUAUGCCUCCUUUCCAAGUGGAAGGAUUGGCACGUGUUCCUGUUCGAGAAGAAAACGAGCUGGAUUUACAAGCGAAUUUCGGGUUAGAGUCCAAGAAAAAGAGCCGGAAAGCGCAAGAUUUUCUAGAGAACUCUAAUAAUAAUAAUUCCCAGAUAUCUUGUGUAGAAUUCUUGCAGGCACAACCGGUAUCAACUGGGCUCGGGUUGUCAUUGGAGCCAACUGCGGCUCUUCUUAGGCUUGUGGGCGAUGAUCUUGAUCGUGACUUGCAAAGACAAGGUGCCGAGACUGAUAGAUAUAUCAAAUUUCAGGGCGAGCAAUUGAGGCAAACUAUUUUAGAAAAGGUUCGAGCAACCCAACUACUGGCGAUCUCAUAUGUUGAAAAUAAAGUCCUGCAAAUACUCAAGGGGAAAGAAGCAGAAGUAGAAGGCAUCAACAAGAAGAAUGUGGAGCUUAAUUUGCUAAUGAGACGACUUUCUUCAGAGGCCAAUGCUUGGCAGCAACGGGCAAUUUUCAAUGAGAAAGUGAUUAACACCCUGAAAAUUAAUCUACAGAAGGCUUAUGCACAAAAUAUGGGCGUUAAAGAAGUGCAUGGCGAUAGUGAGGUCAAUGAUACAGCCUCGUGCUCUGUCAGUGAAAUGAAGAAGUUGCUGACAUGUAAGGUUUGUAGUGUUAAUGAAGUGUGCAUGCUAUUGUUACCUUGUAAGCAUCUCUGCCUGUGCAAAGAGUGUGAAUCUAAGCUUAGUACUUGUCCCUUGUGUCAGUCUGCUAAGUACAAAGGUGUGGAGUUUCAUAUGUAGUCGAAUGAUAUGAAUAUAAUACAAUGUUAGUUUUACAUGCAUUAA